GACUGGCUACAGGUGUAACCGGAAGCGGAAGUGUUUAUCCGAGAUGGCGAGCUACGCUGACAGUGAACCGGACUGUCUGAAAUAAUGAGUUGAAAAUUAAACUUUUGAAUGAUUUGAUUCAAGAAACAACAAUAACAACAAGGGAAAAGGAUGACAGAGUGAAUUUCCCGGGAAUAUAACAUAAUAAUAAUGGCGGAUUCGAUUUCGGUUCAAACCGGAAGCGUGUACACGGCGCAGGAGCCGCUCUCCUACACUGAUAACCUCAUCGGUACAUUGCUGGCGAUCAUCGGGAAUUUACUCAUCAGCAUCUCCGUGAACAUACAGAAACAAAGCCAUCUAGUGUUGGCAGGCACUAAGGAUCCGAGGCCGUACUACUGCACAAAGACGUGGUGGUGUGGUCUUGUUCUGCUGCUGAUCGGAGAAGGAUCCCUGUUUGCAUCCUACGCCUUCGCUCCACUCUCUCUCAUAGCCCCCCUCAGCGCUGUGUCUCUUAUAGGCAACUGUAUUUUAGGGUUUCUGUAUCUGAGAGAAAAAUGGAAGCCAAAGGAGUUUCUGAAGCGCUAUAUUUUAUCAUUCCUCGGCUGCGCCUUGACCGUAGCGGGCACGUACCUGUUUGUCACGUUCGGCCCAAACUCUCACGAGCAACUGAAUGCCGAAAACAUUGUGAAGCACCUGAUUGGCUGGCCUGUCCUCCUGUACCUGCUACUGGAGAUCAUCACAUUCUGUCUGGUGCUGUAUUUUUACAAACAUCACAAUGCAAACUACCUCGUGCUUAUCCUGCUGCUAGUGGCACUGCUGGGCUCUGUGACUGUCAUCACAGUGAAGGCAGUUGCAGGGAUGGUGUUUCUCAGCAUUCAGGGCUCCCUCCAGCUCAGUUAUCCCAUUUUCUACGUCAUGUUUGUCUGCAUGGUGGCCACCAUCUUCUUUCAGGCAUCAUUCCUUUCUCAGGCAUCCCAUUUGUACGAUUCAUCCGUCAUCGCCUGUGUUAACUACAUCUUCUCCACCACGUUUGCCGUCGGUGCAGGAGCCGUAUUUUAUCUGGAAUUCAACCAAGAGGAUGCUCUGCACAUCUGCAUGUUUUUAUUAGGAUGUGCCGUGUGCUUCCUCGGCGUCUUCCUCAUCACCAAAAACAAGAAGAAAGCCAAAGCAUUUGAGCCGUACGUGACCAUGGACAUGGUGAAAGGCAUUCCAACGAUCCAUGAAAAAGGCUGGCCUGUUCAACCGGAUUAUAACAAUUCUUUCUCCUACGGCACCCUCGUGAACAACGACGGCGUGGCACCUGCAUCUCUACCAGUUGUGAAUCAGGAUACGUGUGUAUCUCCCAGCACGGGUCACUCGUACCACGCAGACGAGCUUAAAAAAGACUAGUUAUACCUCUGGCUCCAGAAACAGGAAUUAAGACCUGAAAUGGGAAAAAAAAAAAUUCUAAUAAAUAAAAGCUGCAUCAGACCUUAUUGCUCGAUUCAAGCAUUUAGUUCUGCAGACUACUGAAUGACUUGCUGGUGCAGAAAAAUGAAUCUGGAAGACUUUGGAAAUAGCUUUAAAAGCUUGAAUUUGCAGCAGAGGCAAUUCUGGAGCAACAAACUGUCAGAACGUCAACGUUUUUUUGUUGUUGUUGUUUUUUGUGAAAACUACUGUGGGCAUCAGGGUGAGCUAAAGCAAAAACGCAGAUCCGGACUUCAUUCCACCCUGCUGUUACUCUUAACCUGUGCUGGUGUUCAGCAUUUGUGUGCGUUUCCACUGUAACUUACUGCUAUAAUGAUCUUCACUGAUUUUGCAAUCAGCCAAAGAAAACUUGAUCCCUAAUUCAUAAUAACUGACUAUAAUGAAGAUUGUGGUGAGUGUAUGAUUAUCAUGUGAUUUGAGAAUCUCAUUCGCUCUCAUUUCAUAAAGGAGACCUAUAACAAUCCUAUUUAUUAUAAUAUAAACAUGCCUUAAAGCAAAACGUUGUAAUUUCCUAUAUUGCCUUUGGUGGCAUGGUGCCGGUAGCACCGGUUUGACUCUGUGCACGGGUUAUUGUCUGUAUGGGGUUUCACACGUUCUUCUCAUGUCUGUUUGAGUUUCCUCCAGGUUCUCCGGUUUCCUACAAACUCUCAAAAACAUGCCAGUUGGUCAUUUAGCAACUCUAAAUUAGCUUUAGGUAUGAAUGUGUGUGCAUGGUGAUCUGAGAUGGUCUGGCAUCCCAUCUAGACUGGUGACAUUUUUCUGGCCCAGAAAUUAGCCCUGCAUCUUCUGGUCUAUAUAUACACAGAGCUUCUUUUCCGUGAAAGGCAGUUUAACAGAGUGGGAUGGGGUCUGUUUGGCCGAAGGGGUGAAACUCAUCAAGCUUUAAAAAUUACAUAGUGCUGCUUUAAGAGGAAUAAUUCAAUGAUGCUUUAUUCUGCGUAUUUUAGUGGAUUUGUCACCACAACUCCUUAAUUCCUUAUAUAAAAGCUAUUCAUCCUAGUCUAUGCUGUUAUAGCAUCAGUUUACUCUUGUCAGAAUAAUCAUAGUCAGUCAUGCAUCUAGAAUAAUGUACCCGGUUCUAGAUCAGCAGCCUGUAGGGUUUAAAAAAAGAAGGAAAAAAAAACUCCUGCUGGAGAAUUUGCAAUAUAUUGCACAAAGUUGAUUCAGAAUGACUGACGUUUUUGGAGUGUGUUGUGAGCAGUGUGUUAUUUAUGAGUAGACCAUCCAACUAGUGUAAUGAUUCGAAGAUGAGGAGAAUCCGCACAUACGUGUAAACAAUGGCAUUUACUCACUCACACUCUCGUUUUAUGUCUAACUUCUGCAUGCGUCUUUGUUCUUUCUCCAGGGAAUGGUUCUUGGGGUCCAAAUAUAUUUCUGUAUGUCAUACUGGUGGACAAACUCAAACAUUUUGUUUUGUGAGUUAAUUAUUGUGGGUUUAAAAGAGGAUUCAAAUCAGAGUUCCUAGCAAUAAACGACAAAGUUGUGACGGUGGAUAUCCCAUCUGCCGAGCUAGUCUUAGACACUGUAAUUAUGUUGCUUACACGAAGGUCAUGUGAUAUCAGUUCUGUCUUACUUACAUGUUCGAUUAAUCGUAAAUCAUUUAAAAUGACAAACAUAACCGGCAAAAAACUGACUAAUUAGUGUUAGCUCGUUACGAAGCUUUGCUAAUGGAGUACAUUAGGUAGACAUGAAUAGCUAGCUAGGUAACAGUGCCAUAAAUUAAGGUAUUCAAUAUAGCAUGAUGACUUGUUUUACACAGUGGAAUAGCUACAUACCUAGAUAAACAGUGAUCUAGCUUGGUUGUUAGCCAAUAUUACUGAUUAAGUAUUAAGUAAAAUGAGGUGUUUAGAAAUAUCCGGAAAAUUCCCGAACAGCUGAAUUCCAGCUGUUUUUGAAAGCUACUGCAGGACUCUUCAAAUUUUUGCUUUUCGUAAUCAAAUUAACCUUAUCUCUCAUUAUUUUUAUAUUCAUUAUGAAUCCCAAAAACUUGUCUUGUUACCAAUGACAAGCAUUCACGAAUGUCUUAAUGAAGGUGUUAUGAAUGUUUUGUGCAGCUGAUUAGCACUGACCUUACACUGAAGUCUGAUCGAUUGAGGAUCUCAGAUCAGGUGUUUUUUCUGAGAUCUUUCAUUGAUCAUCGUGCUUUAAAAGCCUUAUAUUGUCUUUGGCCUUAGUGCUUUUGGUGUGAGCUUGUGGAGAGCACAGUUUACCAUUUAUACCGCUAAUAAUUUAUUUCCAUGUUGUGGUCACUUUAUUUCUGAAGGUAAAUGUGUAGCUCUCUUUUGUGAAGGGAAUUUAAUUUAUUAAGUAUUUGUAAUCAUUUGUGUAGAAAGAGUAGAAAACAGUGCACUGUCUUAAUUUGCAAUUCCAAAGAAAUCAUCAUCGUCUGGACCGAAGGGAAAAUGUAUGAAUGUGUAGAAGAUUUGUGUCAGAAUUAUGUUUUUCUGGGUAACACUAAUUCAUCAUGGUUCUCGAUUAUCUUCAGAGUUCAAAUCGAUAAAAUUAGCCAAACACUGAUUUGAUCUGUGGUGGAAGUAAUAAGAAUGCGACUGUAAUUGGUACUGUUUGAUUCCUGAUUGAUUUCGGCAGUGUGACUGUAAGUGUUCCACUUGUGGGCAUUAAAAUUUUUACGCUGCAUUCCA